UCCCCAAUACGGAAGCGGUGGGGUCCCAGGGGUCUUACAGCGGGUGGGUCGGAACCAUGGGGGAGCCCUGGGCGGCUCGGGGUGCAGAAGGAGCUUCCGCGCGGCUGCCACUGGUGCUCACCGCGCUGUGGGCUGCAGCCGUGGUAUUGGAGCUGGCUUACGUGAUGGUGCUGGGGCCCGGGCCGCCCCCGCUGGGACCCCUGGCCCGGGCCUUGCAACUGGCGCUGGCUGCUUAUCAGCUUCUUAACCUGAUGGGCAACGUGGGACUCUUCCUGCGCUCCGAUCCCAGCAUUCGGGGAGUGAUGCUGGCUGGCCGCGGCCUGGGCCAGGGUUGGGCUUACUGCUACCAGUGCCAAAGCCAGGUGCCACCACGCAGUGGGCACUGCUCUGCCUGCCGCGUGUGCAUCCUACGUCGUGACCAUCACUGCCGCCUACUGGGCCGCUGUGUGGGCUUCCAUAACUACCGGCCCUUCCUGUGCCUGCUGCUUCACGCGGCUGGGGUCCUGCUCCACGUCUCAGCGCUGCUAAGCCCUGCCCUGUCAGCCCUGCUGCGGGCCCACUCAGCCCUCUACACGGUGGCUCUCCUCCUGUUGCCCUGGCUCAUGCUACUCACAGGCAAAGUGUCUCUGGCCCAGUUCGCCUUAGCUUUUGUGGUGGACACAUGUGUGGCAGGUGCACUUCUGUGUGGUGCUGGACUGCUUUUCCAUGGGAUGCUCCUGCUGCGAGGCCAGACCACCUGGGAGUGGGCUCGGGGUCAGCACUCCUAUGACCUGGGCACCUGUCACAACCUGCAGGCAGCCCUGGGUCCGCGAUGGGCCCUAGUCUGGUUCUGGCCUUUCCUGGCUUCCCCUUUGCCUGGAGAUGGGAUCACUUUCCAGACACCAGCUGAUAUGGGUCUUGUGGCUUCUUGAGUCCAGGUAGAGCCAGAACUGAAUAGGGAGGAAGGGAGCAGAGGAGAGCGCUGGGAACUUGCUUUCAACUUCAUGCCAGCCACAGGAGGGAGGCCACGUUGACCUUUCAUGCCUCUAGUGGGCAGCUCUAGCUCCCUCCUUGGACCUGCCCAGUGUGGGCUCCUUCCAUAUGGAGAGUUCAGACACUGCAACUCUGCCCCUUUUGGUGGUGGUGGUGGGGGCUUUGGCAAGGGGUCUACUUGGCUUGCCUGUCUGCCCCUCUACCGUGCCCACCUGGUUCUUGGCCCUCCCCCAUCUUUGCUGGGUUCCUAUCCCUCACGUUGUUUUGCUUGUUGUUUUCCAGUUCCCAUGGAAACCACUGAAGGCAUGAGAUCCUAACGGGCCUUGGAAGGGUGUGGUGGGAUCCAGACACGGAGAAGCCAAGUGUGCUCUAGAGGGUAGCAUCGUAGACACAUUCUCCGCAGCAGGGGUCUCAAGGAAGCUCUUGUAGCUCACCUGUAUGUGGGGCCAGAGUUAGGAUCUCUGUUCUGUAAGAAACAUAAAGCCCUGCUAGACCAUGUGACAAGAUUGUGGGGUAGAAAUGUAGACCUUGCUCAAGGGAAUCCACCUGCUUCUGCUUUUACCUUUUUUUUUUUUUAGGUUUUUCGAGACAGGGUUUCUCUGUGCAGCUUUGCGCCUUUCCUGGAUCUUGCUCUCUAGACCAGGCUGGCCUCGAACUCACAGAGAUCCACCUGCCUCUGCCUCCCAAGUGCUGGGAUUAAAGGUGUGCGCCACCACCACCCCGGCCUUUUUUUUUUUUAAUUUCAAGACAGGGUUUCUCUUUGUAGCCUUGGCUGUCUUAGAACUCACUCUGUAGACUAAGCUGGCUUCAAACUCAGAGAUGAUCCUGCCUCUGCCUCUGCCUCCCAAGUGCUGGGAUUAAAGGCAUGCAUCACCACAACUGACUUGCUCCUGCUUUCUUUUUUUUUUUUUUUUAAAGAUCUUUUAUUUAUUUAUUUAAUUGAUGAGUGCUCUAAUUGCCUGUAUGCAUUUAUGCCAGAAGAGGGCAUCAGAUCCCCCUAGAGAUGGUUGUGAGCCACCAUGUGGUUGCUGGGAAUUGAACUCAGGACCUCUGAAAGAGCAGCCUGUGCCCUUAACCGCUGAGCCAACUCUCCAGCCCCUUGCUCCUGCUUUCUGAGUGCUACAAUUAAAAACAUUCACCACCAUGCCUGGCCCAAGAGGUUAGAGUCAAACCCAGGUCUUUUAAUCUGCUUUACUUUUCAUGGUUACAGUGAGUAGGAGAAACAUCAGGGUAAAACCAACCAGCUUCCAGGUGUUCCAGAGCCUGUGAAGGAUGUUUUUAAUAUUUAUUUUUGUGUAUGUCUGUCUGGGCACAUAGUGUGCUUUAAAUGCAUGCACGGUCAUGUAUAUAUGGGUGCCCAUGGAGACCAGAAGAGGGCAUUGAAUCUUCUGUAGCUGGAUUUAUAGGCUGUUGUGAGCCACCUGAUGGGGUACUUGGAAACUAAACUUGGGUCCUCUGCAAGAGUCAUAUACACUCUUAACCACUAAGCCAUCUUUCCAGCCCCUUUUUUGCUUUUAAAAAUCUAUUAUUAUUAUCAUUAUUAUUAUUGAGACAGGGUCUCAUUUAGUAUUCCAGGCUGGCCUGGAACUUACUAUGUAACCCAGGCUUCCCUGGAACUCAACAGCAAACUGCCUGCCUCAGACUCCAAUCACUGGGAAUGCAGGUGUGGUGAACCAACACACCCAGCUUCCAGCAUCUGAUGUAAAUAUAGUAAACAGUCUAAACAUGGCAGGCUUCAGCACCCCAGUUAUCUCUGUUUGCCUUUAGGACUCUCUAAAAUAGAGAAGUAAAAAUAAUAUAAAUUUAUAAGGGGAAAGAAGAUAGAUGUUAGUAUACCAAAGAGCCUGACAAUGUUUUGAAACAUGAGAGAUUGGGAGCUUGUUUGUCUUAGCAGAGAAUUAAAAAUUAAAAUGACUUGUUCCUAAAGAGAGGGGAGGAUAAGCAAGACAGAACUUCCCCAGCACUAUGAAAGCUGAGGUGAAGCUUUGGGCUAAUCUUGGGGUGUUGGCAUGUUUACGUCAGGAGGUAUGAACUGCUGUUCCUGAGACCCUCAUCCACCCCUGCAGCCACCCUUCUGGGAUGAGGUGGUAGGGUGAUGAGGAUGAACUGGGACCAGGGAAGCUCUGGAUCUCAGGGGCAACAGCCAAGGUAGGGAUGGGGGGCUGGAUCAAAAAUAGAGCUAAGCAUGAAAAUGUUGGCCGUCGUCUGCAGAUAGUCAUAUGCCUGCCGAGUCCUCAGGAGCCUACCCUCCUGACAAGGCUUUGCCUGUCCUCCUAGAAGUCAUUGUUUGUCCCUCAACAUGCUCUGUUGCUUUAGAAAGACAUUAGGAUGCUGUGUGUGUGGCCUUGGCAGAUCUGGUGUCCUCUUCUGUGUUCCCCCCUCAGCCUGCAGAAUAUUGAAUUUUCAUGUGUUUUUAUUUGAGAUAUGAAAGGCUCCUUGGAACCCUCACCACAGCUUGUCUGGGAAAACAACUUGAAGUCCCCGCUGUGCCCUCCCUUGGUAGGAGAUGAGUGGCACACUGAUCUUAAUCACCUUGCUUUGCUAUGUUACAUGUGCUCGUAUUGAUUCUGUAUGCUUUGGUUGUAUAUGAAUGAACUCCUACCAAGUUUAUUCUUCUGUGGCUCGCCUUUUCACUCAUAUGAGAUGUGCUCGGUAUUACUGCAUGUCGUGGUAUGGUACUCUUCCCCAUGGAGCUCUGAACUGGUCAUUUUUUCUCCUCCCACUUAGUGGGAGUCACCCACUAGGAGCCCUUACUCUUCCAUACCCAUCCGAGGACCAGUUCCUCAGAUUUGACCAAUAAAAUGCAUUCUUCAUUGUAAUUCCACUGAACUUAUCAGUGGAACCUAACAACUGGCACAGCUUGGUGAAAACUGGCAUCUAUGUGAAAUUCCAACUGUCCAGGUCAUGAACAUGGUUUAUCUCCUCACUGAUUAUUUUCUUAGUUCUUGAGACAGGGUCUCACUUUGUAGCUCUGGCUGGCCUAGAACUUACUAAGUAGAUCAGGCUGGCCUCAAACUCAGAGAUCUACUGCCUCUGCCUCGAAGCACUGAGAUUAAGGGUGUGUACCACCAUGUCAGCUUUAAAUAUUUUCAAUAAAGCUUUUUUUUUUCCUGAUGAA